CAGAAAAAGCGGGAAGCACAGUCCAGAUGGCGCUCUCUCGGCGAUGGAGCCGCAGCAUGGACGCGCUCACCUCGGAGGACUUUCUGCUCGAGGCGGACGAGCAGCAGCAGCAGCAGCAUGAGCAAACGCCAGGUGGUGCCGGCAGCAUGGACGCUGCUGCUGCUGCUGCAAUGUACUAUGAAUCCAUCCUGCAGCCAGCAUCCCUCUCAACUGCAUCAGCCACAAACGGCCAGCAGCAGCAGUCGCUCAGUGCUCAGCACCAACAACAACAACAGCAGCAACAGCUCUUGAUUGCCAUGUCUGCGCCCGCAUCCGUGCUCGCAACCCCGCAUUCCACUCCCCCAGUCACCCCGCGUUCUCACGUUGCUCACCUGUUUCCAUCCACAUCCGCCGCAGCCUCGCCACAGUCGGGUCUUGUCUUCCACGAAACUGGCAUUGCUCAGCUCCACCAGCAGCAACAGCAGCAGCAACAAGCACAACAGCAACAACUACCACAGCAACAACUGCAGCAGCAACAACAACAAGGCCAGCCAAAACUGCGGUACCACGUCUACAAGCCGCACCGAACGCGCCGAUCCAACUUUAUCGCAAUCGACGAUCACGGGCGCGAAAAGAUUAGCAGGAAGAAGGCCUCCAAGUCACGACGGCAGUCCGAGCCUGCGAUUCCUGGCCCGGGUGUGCUGCAUGCGUCAAACAGCCUGGACUCGCUCUUGAACCUGGACGAAGACUUGACGAGCGCGCACCCAACGCGCAUUUCGCCAUCGCAGUCCCUGCCGGGCGGAGGCGAUCAUUUGCUGAGCGGCCUCGGCACCGCGACGAGUGCCAAUUUCAACAUGUUCUCUGCCUCAAGCGAGUUGCUCACCACCACACUGCGCGACCAGCAGGCGCUCAACUUUCGCACGAGUCUGGAGCAAUUCUCUGAUUAUGUCGGUGAUUCGCAGGCCGAGUCGGCACGUUUGCAGCAACAGCAGCAAUUGAAUCGCAAAAAGCGCGUUCUCAGCCGCUCAGCCAGCAUGGGUACCGCUGUUGGCGGCGGCAGUGCGAAUGGGUCGCGCAAGUCGUCUAUGACCGACGUGACGGCCGGGGUGUCGCUGCUUCAAGUCCAGCAACCUCAGACUGCUCAACAACAACAGCAGCAACAACAGCAACAGCAGCAACAGCAGCAACAGCAACAACAACAGCAACAACAGCAACACCAACACUUGCAGUUGCAGCUCUUGUUGCUGCAACAACAUGCUGCGAGUGCUGCGCCUGGCUCCUACACUGUCUCAUACGAUCCCCUGGCUGGCGCCAGCUAUGACGAUCCGGCUUUGCAACACCAGCUCUAUCUCCAACAGGAAAAGCUCAAUUCUCUGCAGCCUUCCCAAACGCAAUCGCCAUCGCCGCAGCAGCAGCAGCAAUCGCAGCACCAGUCGCAGUCGCAGUCGCGCUCCAGCGUUGUCUCUUCCGAGGCGGGCUCGCCGUUGCUUGGAGCAAAUGUCAACAACCCCCUGUCUGCCGACCGAAUUCUCGGACUGACAAGCGACGGGCUUUCUCCGCUGUUUGAGUCUGACUCGCCGUUGACCGACGACGACUUGCCGAGCGGCAUGAGUCCUCUGUCGUCCGUCAUUCGCCACAUGCGGACGGCGCGCUCCCACUCGCAGCCUGCCAGCGGCCCGACCAUGCCCCGCGUGACUCGGCAAGUGCGUUCCGCGUCCGCAUCGUCCGCCCAUCAGCACCCGGGCCCGGUGUUUAGCGUGCCACUCGCUCAGGCCACGCCCAUGUCGUCAAUCUCGUCGCUGUCGUCUUUGUCGUCGCUGUCGUCCCUCUCGUCUCUGUCGUCCAGCGGCAGUGGUAGCAGCGUGCACUCGACACCUCCGGCGACCCUCAUGCAAGCGUUGACUCGCACGCUCGAGCAGCGUCAAGCAGAGCUGCAGUACGCGCAAGAUCAGAGCCAACAGAUUCAUGCAGAGCAGUUUCAGCAGCUCACGUCGUUGCACCUGCAGCAGCAACAGCAGCAACAGCAGCAGCAACAAAUUCUGGCCAAUCUCCUGCUGCAGCAUCCAGAUGUCUUCAACCCUGCGAACGACUGUUCUUCCGAUGCCAGCUCCAACCAAGCCUUGCUCGAUUUGAUUGAGCUGGCCCUCCGAUCUGCUGCAGAACCCACCGAUCUCGCUUCUGCAACUGCGCAGCAGCAGCACCAGCAACAACAACAGCAGCAACAACAACAGCAACAGCAGCAGCAGCAGCAGCAGCCACAACAGCCAUUCUUGUCCCAGUAUCCGACCUUUUCAACCGUUCAAGCGUCCAACACGGUUGGCUCUGUCCCCCUCACACCCAUGUCGGAUCUCAGCCUGGCCUUGUCGUCGUUGCCAGCGCUCUCGGCUGCUAGCGCUCAGUCGCAGUCGCAGGCACUGCCUUUGCCGUACGGCUCGCCAGUCUCGGUGCCCGUCUUGCAGUUGCCGCAACAUUUGCGCGGACGUCGUGGGAUGGGCGAAUGCGAGCCAGGUUCUGUCGCUGGUGCGGCGAAUUCCACCCUGAUCUCGAUUGCAGAGCAAGAAGAGCUGCCAGCUCCGCGUUCGCGCGCGAAUGCCUCCUCGUACUUGUCGCGCCCAGCCUCGAUUGCUCUACUCACGCGCAGCAAUGGCUCGUCUCCUGCGCCAGGCGGCAUGUCCACGUCUGUCCUCGACAGCGACCCUCCUCGUCCCCUGUCCAGCACGGAUAUGGCUGCCGCCGAAGCGGAUCUCGGGCUUUCUUAUUCUUUGACGGACUUCAACUCGAGCGAUAUUCUGCGUGUUCUCGACACGUUUGCACCGAAAUGAAGCUUCCGUCGGCGUUUCCUGCUUUGAUUUUUUUGUUCUAUUCUCUUUUUGGUUUGUUUUUCCCUUUAUUUUGUAACUAGUUGUCUCGAUUUCCCCUUUUGUGCAUGCUACUCGUCGUCCCUAUCCCCAUCCCCGCCUAUCCUUCCCGUUUGUCUCGUCUUAGCCUUUUUUUUUU